UUACGAACGAAUCAAAAGCUUCCCCUCUGAUCGCCUCUUCCACUUCCGCCAGGCGACGCCGGCCACCUCGCCUCGCCGCGACGUCUCCUUCCUCCCGCUCGCCAAGCAAAAGCCACCGUCCCUGCGAGGGCGAGGUCACGGAAUCCGAGCCCUUUAUCAGCCCGCCCCCGGUGCUGGCGUGGGGCCUCUCCGUUUCCCUCCUCCGCGUCCAAGCCUCCUCCCCACGACCCGAGGAGAAACCGCCUAGCCGUUUCAGGGCGAUCGCGGUUGGGUUUCGAGGUCCGGUCCCGCCUCCUUGCGGGCGGAAGGUGGCUUGGCGUUGGCGGCGAUGGGGUGGCGGGCACGUGCCCCGGCGGUCUUGGCGGCGGCGGCGGCGCUGUGGUUGCUCGCUGCCGCCGCGGCAGGGGAUGCCGAUGCCGGCGACCUAGAGCGCGCGUUCCCAAUAGUCGAACCAGAUUAUGGUCACACGAAACUCCGUCUUGCAAAAGAAGGUUUGGAGGCCAUUCAGAGGAUCAAAACUCCAAUAGCUGCUGUCUCUGUUAUUGGUCCGUAUCGAUCUGGCAAAUCUUUUCUUCUCAACCAGCUCCUCUCCCUAUCAUGUGACAAAGGUUUUGGAGUUGGACACAUGCGGGAUACCAAAACAAAAGGUAUAUGGGUUUGGGGUACCCCCAUUGAGGUGGAUAUUGAUGGCUCCGUAGUUUCUGUCCUAUACCUUGACACUGAAGGAUUUGAGAGUGUUGGAAAAUCAAAUGUAUAUGAUGAUAGGAUAUUUGCUCUGGCAACUGUUUUAAGUUCUGUUCUGAUCUACAAUCUUCCUGAGACCAUUCGUGAAGCUGAUAUAUCUAGGCUUUCAUUUGCUGUUGAAAUUGCUGAAGAAUUCUAUGGAAGAGUCAAGGGGCAAGAUGUUGCUUUUGAGCCAGCAAAACUUCUGUGGCUAAUCCAGAGGGAUUUCCUCCAAGGAAAAUCUGUUCAGCAGAUGGUUGACGAAGCACUCCAACAGGUGCCUAACAACAAUGGAGACAAAUAUAUUGAUGAGAUCAACCAAAUCAGAGACUCUUUGGCGGUUAUGGGAGAUAACAGUACAGCUUUUAGCUUGCCACAGCCUCAUCUGCAAAGGACACAGUUAUGUGAUCUGGACGACCAAGAACUUGAUCCGUUGUACCUAGAAAGGAGGGAUCAGCUGAAAAAAAUUGUUUCAUCCAUGAUAAAACCAAAAGUUGUGCAGGGUAGAACUCUAAACGGGACAGAGUUUGUAUCCUUCCUAGGGCAGAUACUUGAGGCUUUGAAUAAAGGUGAAAUUCCAUCAACGGGAUCACUUGUUGAAGUUUUCAAUAAGGCCAUUGUUGAACGUUGCUUGAAGUUGUAUAAUGAAAGAAUGGGCAGAGCAGGUCUUCCACUAUCAAUGGAUAAACUUCAGCAGUUUCAUGACCUGGCAAAAGAUGAAGCUAGAAGCCUCUUCGACAAGCAGCAUUUCGGUAAACAUCAUGCUGCUCAAUCCACCUCCAAGCUUGAUGAAGAGAUUAAAAAGGUCUUCAGAAACUUUGGUCAAGCCAACGAAUAUCAGUCAUCAAAGCUGUGCGAAGCAAGAUUCUCUGAGUGUGAAGAUAAAAUGGAACACCUUCAAGUCUUAAAGCUUCCGUCCAUGGCAAAAUUUGAUGCAGGAUUUCUUCUCUGCAAUCAAAGUUUUGAAAUGGAUUGCGUGGGGCCAGCCAAGGAAAUUUAUCAACGCCGGAUGUCAAAGAUGCUGGCGAGGUCACGUGCUCUUUUCAUCAAGGAGUACAACAACAAGCUCUUCAACUGGCUGGUGAUAUUCUCCCUGGUCAUGGUUGUCAUCGGGCGCUUCGUGGUCAAGUUCUUCCUGCUCGAGAUUGCUGCCUGGGUGAUGUUUGCCUUCCUGGAGACGUACACGAGGCUGUUCUGGUCCUCGGAGUCCCUGUACUACAACCCUGUCUGGCAUGUCGUCGUCUCUACCUGGGAAACCAUUGUCUACAGCCCUAUUCUUGAUCUUGACAGAUGGGCAAUCCCGAUCCUUGUCGUGCUGUCAUUUUUGGCGAUUUAUUGGCGUUGUCUGGGCGGAAGGAAAGGGAUCGCACGAUCGUUGCUGCCUCUGUACAAUGGGUCUUACAGAAGCUCCAAUCGUCCAAGAACAGACUGAUCCAUCAACUACACCCAAACAACAAGAGCAUGUACAUACUCCACCUGUUGGCUGGGCGUGAUUUUAUCUGUGCUCUCAGCCAACGGAUAACAGAUUAAUUUAAGUCCACAUGGAUAUGAAUAGGACAGCAAAAAUGAGCAUCCUAGAGGAUGCAAGCUUCUGUUGUAUUGUAAAUAUGUAAUCCAAACAGAGUAAUUAUGCUCAAGAGGUGUCUUGUGCUCACCCAGCUCAAUUGCAUUCUUUAUAGUAACAUUAAACUGAGUAAAGAGAUGAUGAUGUA